CUCUUGACCUUGCAGCAUACUGACCUAAUGAAUAUCUCUGAGCCAGAGUCCAACUUUGCUUCUGUAAGAGAAUUUAUACUCCAAGGUUUCUCUUGUGAGUGGAGGAUUCAGAUCUUCCUCUUCUCUCUCUUCACUACAACCUACGUGUUCACCAUAACUGGAAAUGGGACCAUUGUUUGUGCACUGUUGUGUGACAAGCGACUUCACACUCCCAUGUACAUGUUCCUGGGGAAUUUCUCCUUUCUAGAGAUCUGGUAUGUCUCUUCUACAGUCCCCAAGAUGUUGGUCAACUUCCUGUCAGAGAAAAAAACCAUCUCCUUUGCUGGGUGCUUCCUCCAGUUCUAUUUCUUUUUCUCAUUGGGUACAUCUGAAUGCUUGCUUUUGACUGUCAUGGCCUUUGAUCGGUAUCUAGCUAUCUGCCGUCCCCUGCACUACCCUAAUAUCAUGACUGGGAAUUCCUGUAUCAAACUGGUCAUUAUCUGCUGGGUUUGUGGGUUUCUGUGGUUCUUAAUUCCCAUUGCCCUCAUCUCUCAAAUGCCUUUCUGUGGACCAAACACUAUUGACCAUGUUGUGUGUGAUCCAGGGCCACUCUUUUCGUUAGCGUGUGCCACAGCCCCAGGAACUCAAAUGCUGUGCUACACUUUAAGCUCAUUAGUUAUCUUUGGUAACUUUUUCUUUAUUCUUGGGUCCUAUACUCUGGUCCUGAUAGCUGUGCUACGUAUGCCUUCAGCCUCUGGAAGACAUAAAGCCUUCUCCACCUGUGGGUCUCACUUGGCCGUGGUAUCGCUGUUCUAUGGUUCUCUGAUGGUCAUGUACGUGAGCCCAGGACUGGGACAUUCUGYUGGGAUGCAGAAAGUUGCAACAUUGUUUUAUGCUAUGGUGACUCCACUAUUUAACCCCCUCAUCUACAGCCUCCGAAAUAAGGAAAUAAAGGCAGCCAUGAGGAAAAUUAUGGGGAUUCCUAACAUAAUCUGA